GUAAAAGCACGACACACCCAGAGAAGAUCUCUAAAGGAAAUAUAUAUCUAUGUAUUCGAGCAAAUAGGAUGAAUACUAAAUGUCUUCAUCAAAUGCACCCCAACAUGAGCAUUUAAAAUCGCCGAGGCGUGCGAAGGGCAUUUUUAUACUUGUACUCAAACAGGCGAACACAAACCCGACAGACUUGAGAAACGUGUUUGUCAAGGAGUAGAUCACUGCAGACGGUGAAGAAAACAUUAUAUGGGACAUGACAUUGCAGAGUACCUAGAAAAGAGAAGAGGGGAAGACAUGCUACUGUGGCGAGGCUGACACGCUGUUCUGGGGAGGCUGACACGCUGUUCUGGGGAGGCUGACACGCUGUUCUGGGGAGGCUGACACGCUGUUCUGGGGAGGCUGACACGCUAUUCUGGGGAGGCUGACACGCUAUUCUGGGGAGGCUGACACGCUAUUCUGGGGAGGCUGACACGCUGUUCUGGGGAGGCUGACACGCUAUUCUGGGGAGGCUGACACGCUGUUCUGGGGAGGCUGACACGCUGUUCUGGGGAGGCUGACACGCUAUUCUAGGGAGGCUGACACGCUAUUCUGGGGAGGCUGACACUCUACUGUGGCGAGGCUGACACGCUAUUCUGGGAGGCUGACACUCUACUGUGGCGAGGCUGACACGCUGUAGACUGCCUGAACUAAGUAUGAUUGUAUGGACGAAUGUGGUGUUUAUCCUCGGCCUGUGCACAAGCCUGUCACUGGGUGAACUGUUGUCCAGGCAUGUAUGUAGCAAUCAGUCCGAGACGUCCACGAGCCUGCAGUGCGGGCACCCUGGCAGGAUCCACCUGGUCCGCGUCCUGUACAGGAAGACGUCACCAGGAUGUGUCACACAGGACGACACGUGUGAAUACCUGCAGGAGACUCAGAAACAAGGGCUGCGGACUGACUGCCAAGGGGCUUCAUCCUGCCUGCAGGGAAUCUCGAGUUUCUGGUUGACUGACACGUGUGGACCCACAACGUCAUAUAUCGUGACACUGUCAUAUGAGUGUGUGACGGAUCCCUAUUUAGAUAUCUGCAGCAACACAGCGGUUUCUUCUGGAGCUGGUUAUACCCUGUACCUCGCAACUCCCAACUACCCACGUGGUGUUCUCAACACCAGCAACACGUGCGCCUGCCACGUCGUGGGCGCGGCCAUGAACGUGUACAUCCUGGGACUGUUCUUCAGGCACAGGGAGGGUGACAGAGCCACCAUGACGUUAAGGGGAGAAAACUCUUUGUGGAACUCCCACCCUGAUCACUACUUUGUGUACAAUACUCAAGCAAUGGACAGCGUGGACAGUUUACACCUGAGUCUUGCUGCUAACGUGAAAAUAGGUCAACAUGCCUGGAUAAAGAUAGAAAGUGCAGCAUCCAUGACAGUCACGUGCAGUGGAGGUGCACCUGCACACACACUAUCGUCUUUAAAACCACCUGCAAACGUCAAAGAAGACACUGCCGUGAUAGUAGGGAGUGUCGUUGGAGCAGUGGCUGUCAUAGGCCUUCUCCUCCUGGUUGCAGCAGUCGUGUAUUUCAAAGUAAUCCAGCAUUCCAGAUGCUGUUGUAACCGUAAGGCGACGGCAAGCAUGCCUACAAACGAGCACACGUACACCCACUUUGAUCACGUGAUUGAACCACCUGACCAAUCAGAAGUGCCGUUUCAUGAACACAUGGCAGAGGACUCAGACAGCAACACCUACCAGCGCCUGGACAUCUGUGACAGCCAAGAUGGCGACCAUGACUACAGAAAGCUGGACGGGAAUGCUAACUUUGAAGAACUGCCGACCAAUCCUCACCAAAGUGACCAAAACUCGGAAUUCAGGAAUACCACACCUGAAAAUAUGUUUGUCUAGAUAAUAAGAAUAAUGUGCAUAUUUAUAAUGGGCCAAAUCCACACCCCAAAGCAUGUUCCAAGUGUGACAUUAUUACCGCGUUGAAUGGAUCAGUGUGCACUCGAUUUUCAUUCUCAUCUCCCUGAGGAGAAUACAACCUUUGAAGGUGAACAGUCACAUUACAUACUGCCGGGAGUUCAUUCACUGUUUGGUGAACAGAGCCAUCUUCGAACAACGUUACGUGAUGAAUCGACAUUGUUGUACAGUUGAAACUCAUACAAAAUUAAAACAUGACAAACCAUUUA